CCUUGCAGGUUCAGCAGAUGCUUCAUCUUCACCUGCCCUCUGUCUUUCGGUGAUUUUCAGUCUGAAGACUUGAGCUCAUCUUUCAUCUGAGCUGAACCCACAGUACUCCAGCCAUGGGGGAUGCAGAGAUGUCUACGUAUGGUACGGCGGCGCCGUACCUGAGGAAGUCGGAGAAGGAGCGAAUGGAGGCCUCCACGCGUCUGUUCGACAUCAAGAAGGAAUGCUUCGUCCCAGAUUCGGUGGAGGAGUUCGUGAAGGCAACCGUCGUCAGCCGGGAGGGUGAUAAGGUCACCGUGGAGACGCAGAAUGGGAAGACUGUUACUGUCAAAGAGGUAGACAUUCUGCAACAGAACCCUCCCAAGUUUGACAAGAUCGAGGACAUGGCCAUGCUGACCUUCCUCCAUGAGCCAGCCGUGCUGUUUAACCUCAAAGAGCGUUACGCAGCGUGGAUGAUCUACACCUAYUCUGGGCUGUUCUGUGUGACUGUCAACCCCUACAAGUGGCUGCCAGUCUACAACCAAGAGGUGGUCAUUGCCUACAGAGGAAAGAAGAGGAGUGAAGCUCCUCCUCACAUCUUCUCCAUCUCUGACAAUGCCUACCAGUACAUGCUGGCAGACCGCGAAAACCAGUCAAUUCUGAUCACUGGAGAAUCUGGUGCAGGAAAGACUGUGAACACCAAGAGAGUCAUCCAGUACUUUGCAAGUAUUGCAGCUGGAGGUAUUAAGAAAGACCCCAAUGCAAAAGACAAGGGUACCCUGGAGGAUCAAAUCAUUCAGGCUAACCCUGCUCUGGAGGCUUUUGGCAAUGCCAAGACCAUCAGGAAUGACAACUCCUCCAGAUUUGGUAAAUUCAUCCGAAUUCACUUCGAUACCAGAGGAAAAUUAGCUUCAGCUGAUAUCGAGACAUACCUGCUGGAGAAAUCUCGUGUGACCUUCCAACUCAAGGCUGAGCGAGAUUAUCAUAUUUUCUACCAGAUUCUUUCCAACAAGAAACCUGAAAUCCUGGAGAUGCUGCUGAUCACAAACAACCCGUACGACUAUGCAUUUAUCUCUCAGGGGGAAACUCAAGUGGCCUCCAUAGAUGACGCAGAGGAACUGAUGGCAACUGAUAGUGCCUUUGAUGUGUUGGGCUUUACUCAAGAAGAAAAAAACUCCGUGUACAAGCUCAUUGGUGCCAUCAUGCACUAUGGCAACAUGAAGUUUAAACAAAGGCCUCGCGAGGAGCAAGCAGAGGCCGAUGGCACUGAGGAUGCUGACAAAUCAGCGUAUCUGAUGGGCCUGAACUCUGCUGACCUCAUCAAAGGUCUCUGUCACCCAAGAGUCAAAGUGGGGAAUGAGUGGGUCACCAAGGGACAAAAUGUUGCCCAGGUGUACUAUGCUGUUGGAGCUUUGUCCAAAGCAGUUUAUGAGAAGAUGUUUCUGUGGAUGGUGGUGAGAAUCAACCAGUCACUGGAGACAAAGCAGCCUCGUCAGUACUUUAUUGGAGUGCUGGACAUUGCUGGGUUUGAGAUCUUUGAUUUCAACACCUUCGAGCAGCUGUGCAUCAACUUCACCAAUGAAAAACUGCAACAGUUUUUCAACCACCACAUGUUUGUGCUGGAGCAGGAAGAGUAUAAGAAAGAGGGAAUUGAAUGGACUUUCAUUGACUUUGGUAUGGAUCUGCAGGCCUGUAUUGACCUGAUUGAAAAGCCCAUGGGCAUCAUGUCCAUCCUCGAAGAGGAGUGCAUGUUUCCCAAAGCCUCUGAUGCUACAUUUAAAGCUAAGCUUUAUGACAAUCAUCUGGGGAAAUCAAACAACUUCCAGAARCCYAGRRUUGUYAAAGGSAAACCAGAGGCCCAUUUUGCCCUGGUCCACUAUGCUGGAACUGUUGAUUAUAAUAUCAACAACUGGCUGGUGAAGAACAAGGAUCCUCUGAAUGAGACUGUUGUUGGGYUGUACCAGAAGUCUACACUCAAGCUGCUUGGUAUUCUGUUUGCAAAYUAUGCAGGAGCUGAUUCAGCAAUGUCUGAAGGCAGUGAGGGUAAAAAAGAAAAGAAGAAGAAAGGAUCAUCCUUUCAGACUGUGUCCGCUCUCCAUAGGGAGAACCUGAAUAAGUUGAUGACCAACCUGAGGUCUACCCACCCUCACUUUGUACGCUGCAUCAUCCCCAACGAGACCAAGACUCCUGGGGCCAUGGAGAACCCUCUGGUGAUGCACCAGCUGCGCUGUAACGGUGUGCUGGAAGGCAUCAGGAUCUGCAGGAAAGGCUUCCCYAACAGGAUCCUCUAUGGAGACUUCAAGCAGAGAUAUCGUAUCUUGAAUCCUGCUGCCAUCCCUGAGGGACAGUUCAUUGACAGCAGGAAGGGAGCCGAAAAACUUCUCGGAUCUCUUGAUAUUGACCAUAACCAGUACAAGUUUGGGUACACAAAGGUGUUCUUCAAGGCUGGACUGCUGGGUCUACUCGAGGAGAUGAGAGAUGAGCGUCUUUCCAAAAUCAUCACUGCAAUUCAAGCCAGGUCUCGUGGUCUUUUGUCUCGCAUAGAGUACCAGAAGAUGGUGGAGCGCAGAGAUGCCCUAAUGGUAAUCCAGUGGAACAUCCGCGCCUUCAUGGGGGUCAAGAAUUGGCCCUGGAUGAAGUUGUUCUUCAAGAUCAAACCUCUCCUGAAAUCUGCUGAAGCAGAAAAGGAGAUGGCCAACAUGAAGGAAGAAUUCCUGAAACUGAAAGAGGCCUAUGCAAAAUCUGAAGCUCGCAGAAAAGAGCUGGAAGAAAAAAUGGUCUCCCUUCUCCAAGAGAAGAAUGACCUACAGCUCCAAGUCCAAACUGAACAAGAUAAUCUCUGCGAUGCAGAGGAGCGAUGUGAGGGACUGAUCAAAAACAAAAUCCAACUGGAAGGAAAAAUCAAAGAGCUGACAGAAAGACUUGAGGAUGAGGAGGAGAUCAAUGCUGAACUGACUGCAAAGAAGAGAAAGCURGAAGAUGAAUGCUCUGAGUUAAAGAAGGACAUUGACGACUUAGAGCUAACUCUGGCAAAGGUGGAGAAAGAGAAACACGCUACAGAGAACAAGGUCAARAACCUGACAGAGGAGAUGGCUGCUUUGGAUGAAAUCAUCGCCAAGCUCACAAAGGAGAAAAAAGCUUUACAGGAAGCUCACCAACAAACCCUGGAUGACCUGCAGAGUGAGGAAGACAAAGUCAACACUCUGACCAAGGCCAAGACGAAGCUGGAGCAGCAAGUGGACGAUCUUGAAGGAUCCCUUGAGCAAGAGAAGAAGAUUAGGAUGGAUCUUGAAAGGGCGAAGAGGAAGCUGGAGGGUGACUUAAAGUUGAGCCAGGAGUCCAUAAUGGAUCUCGAAAAUGAUAAGCAACAGCUGGAGGAGCGCCUGAAAAAGAAAGACUUUGAAAUCAGUCAACUGAACAGCAAACUGGAAGAUGAGCUGGCUAUAAUUAGCCAACUUCAGAAGAAGUUAAAAGAGCUGCAGGCCCGCGUGGAGGAACUAGAGGAAGAGCUUGAAGCAGAACGAGCUGCUCGAGCCAAGGUGGAGAAGCAGAGAGCAGACUUGGCUAGAGAGUUAGAGGAGAUCAGUGAGAGACUGGAGGAGGCUGGAGGAGCCACAGCCGCCCAGAUUGAGAUGAACAAGAAGAGGGAGGCCGAGUUCCAGAAACUCCGCAGAGACCUCGAAGAGGCCACCCUGCACCACGAAGCCACCACUGCCACACUCAGGAAGAAACAAGCCGACACUGUUGCUGACCUGGGAGAGCAGAUCGACAACCUGCAGAGAGUCAAGCAGAAGCUGGAGAAGGAGAAGAGCGAGCUCAAACUGGAGCUGGAUGAUGUUGUGUCCAGUAUGGAGCAGAUUGUUAAGUCCAAGACUAUCCUGGAGAAAACUUGCAGAACUUUAGAGGAUCAAACAAAUGAAUACAGAACAAAAUGUGAUGAAUACCAAAGAUCUCUCAAUGACUUCACCACCCAGAAAGCCAAACUUCAAGCUGAGAAUGAUGAGCUUUCAAGACAAAUGGAGGAGAAAGAAUCACUUAUUUCUCAGCUCACCAGAGGAAAAAAUUCCUACAAUCAACAGCUUGAAGACCUAAAACGACAACUAGAAGAAGAGAUAAAGGCCAAGAAUGCAUUAGCCCAUGCGGUGCAGUCUGCUCGCCAUGACUGUGACCUCCUCAGGGAGCAGUAYGAGGAGGAGCAGGAGGCCAAGGCUGAACUGCAGCGCAGCAUGUCCAAGGCCAACACUGAGGUGGCUCAGUGGAGAACCAAGUACGAAACUGAUGCCAUCCAGAGAACCGAGGAACUGGAGGAAGCCAAGAAGAAGCUGGCUCAGCGUCUGCAGGAGGCUGAGGAGGCUGUUGAAGCAGURAAUGCCAAAUGCUCCUCUCUGGAGAAGACCAAACACAGGCUGCAGAAUGAGAUCGAAGAUCUCAUGGUGGAUGUGGAGAGGUCUAAUGCUGCUGCUGCUGCUCUGGACAAGAAGCAAAGGAACUUUGACAAAGUCUUGUCAGAGUGGAAACAGAAGUAUGAAGAGUCUCAGUGUGAGCUGGAGAGUUCUCAGAAAGAAGCCAGAUCUCUGAGCACCGAACUCUUCAAACUUAAAAACUCCUACGAAGAGUCUCUUGAACAUCUGGAGACCAUGAAAAGGGAGAACAAGAACCUUCAAGAGGAAAUUUCUGACCUCACUGAGCAACUUGGUGAAGGUGGGAAAACCGUUCAUGAGUUGGAAAAAGCUCGAAAGCAGCUGGAGCAGGAAAAAGGGGAGAUUCAGUCUGCCCUAGAAGAAGCAGAGGGUUCCCUUGAACAUGAGGAAGGCAAGAUACUGAGAGUUCAGCUUGAGUUUAACCAGAUUAAGUGUGAUAUGGAGCGCAAACUGGCUGAGAAAGAUGAGGAGAUGGAGCAGUGCAAGAGGAACCUGCAGAGGACAAUCGACACCCUGCAGAGUUCUCUUGAGGCCGAGUGCCGCAGCAGGAAUGAAGCCCUUCGUCUGAAAAAGAAGAUGGAGGGAGACCUCAACGAGAUGGAGAUCCAGCUUAGCCAAGCCAACAGGCAGGCGGCUGAGUCCCAGAAACAACUCAAGUCUGUUCAUGCACAUCUGAAGGAUUGCCAAAUUCAGCUGGAUGAGUCGGUUCGGGCUGCUCACCUGGAGCGCAUGAAGAAGAACAUGGAGCAGACCAUCAAAGAUCUGCAGCACCGUCUGGAUGAAGCUGAACAGAUCGCCAUGAAGGGAGGCAAGAAGCAGGUCCRGAAGCUCGAGGCCAGGGUGCGGGAACUAGAAAACGAAGUAGAAAUGGAGCAGAAGAAAAGCAGCGAAGCUGUGAAAGGAGUCCGUAAAUAUGAGCGCCGCAUCAAGGAGCUGACUUAUCAGACCGAGGAAGAUCGAAAAAAUAUCGCCCGACUGCAAGACUUGGUGGACAAACUGCAGCUGAAAGUCAAAGCCUACAAAAGAUCUGCUGAGGAGGCUGAGGAACAGGCUAAUGUUCAUCUUUCCAAGUUCCGAAAGCUGCAGCAUGAGCUGGACGAGGCUGAAGAGAGAGCCGACAUCGCCGAGUCUCAAGUCAACAAGAUGCGAGUCAAGAGCCGCGACACUGGCCCCAAGAAAGGGUUUGAUGAGGAGUGAAGCGUUGGAGUCUGCUGAAAUCUUUCYGCCUGCUGUGUGCUGUAGAUCCCCUUCACUGUCACUAUUCACAACCCGUAGUCCUAAUAAAACCACAUUAAGAAGUGCAGUCCACACAUUCUUAUCUUUGUUAUGUCUUCUUUAAUCUUAUCCUGAACAAUGUGUUGAAGGGAAAUUUGAAAAUACAAAUUUGCUCCCAGUUUGAAGCCCCUUAACACAGAAUAGGAAACUCUUACACAAUUAUGAGUUAGAAGAGAGUAGAAAUAGAAAUAGCCUUUGUUGUCCAUURCCUAGAAAUUCCUCUGAUUCAGUUUUUAUUUAUUUGAUUCAGCUAAAAUAAUAUAAACAUAAUAAAUACCAACCCAGUCAAAGAUCGACGUCAGCUCAAUUUUAUUUGAUAUUAAUAAACAAAUUGAUUGAAUUAAACAUUGUUAYGGCCAGAAUGCUGCAUUUAUGUUGGGCUUUUGUUUGUUUCCAUGAAUUGUUGAUUUUCUUGAUUUCACACAUAAUCUAAAUGAUAAAUACCAUCUCAAAUAUAUGAGGUGCAUAUAUAGCUAAGAGACAAAGCAAAUGUCCUGCUCUAAAAUUAGAGUCAACCAAAGCCUAAAAGCUUGAGUAGAGGUCAACAAUAAACCAGCGCUCAUGCGUAGAUCCGCCAUAAUUCCACACAUGAUCACUUGCAGCUGGUCACUGGAUCACAGCUAAAAUCUGCAUGCUCCUACGGAGAACUGGACAGGAGUUCUUGGAUUCAGUACAAAAAAAUCUAUUUCCAGGUACCAGAAAUCAAUCAGCAGGAACMGCAAAGUACUCAGAAACGAAACAAUACAUUAAACCUUAUCAACCUUAACCUUAGGACACUAAGGUUAAAAUAAURAAUUCAUUUGGUUAUUUUAACAACCAAAUGCACAACUUCUCUCCAUUUAUUUUGAGCUCAAAAUGGAUGCAUAUAUAGAGGCAUAUAGAAACAAAGACGAUGACACUUAUCUGAUUUAAAAGUUCAUUCUGCCUGAUUGUCCAGAGGUUUUCUGGUCAUUAGUCAUGUCUGACUCUCUGAUGCUUCAGUGGGAAAUUUUGCAAUGAUAUAAAGUGGGAGGAGGUGAGAGAGGAGACCCCAGUCUCCUAUAGGGUGAACCUCUGGAAGCCCUGUGUCUUCUCCUAUUACAAGUCCUCUCCUAAACUCCUCUGGCUGACAAGCAGGUAUCUGCCCGCUAAUGAAGACRUAUUUACACCUCUGCUCAUAGUGGUGAACCACAAACAGCACAGUGUGUGUGUGCGUGUGCAUGUGCGUGUGUGUCUGUGUGGAGGGCUUAUCGGUAAGAUUAACAGGAUAUCAGAACUCACACUGAUAAAGGAGGAACCCAAGAAGGAACAGUUUGGUGUCUCAGCAGCUAAACCACAUUUUGGGUUGAACUGAAAGCUUUAUAUUUCUCUGAACCAGAAACUUACAAGUAGAAGACUUGAGAUUUUUAUAAUUAACCUUUUUUUAUUGUCGGCACUACRUUAAUGAUAUAGAGUGUCUAAGUGGCAGAACUCUUUGCCAUUUUACAAAUAAGAGAAAUCCUAAAUAAACAAAUAUCUUUUAUAACGUACCUAGUUGUAAGUUAAACUGGAACCAAGGUUGAUGUGGAAUCUGUUUACAGACACAUUCAAGCUGCUCCUCACACCCAGCCUGUAAUGUUUUUAUUUAAUUAGACACAAGUGAUGACAGUGUACAUUUGUCGUGAAAUAAAAAAAGCAUUUAAAUCA